AAUUGUGAUUACAGCUAAGCUUGUGUUCAAGGAGGAAGUUACGUUUUCAUGGACUCCAUCUUCAUUUUGUAUGCAGAGCCUCGGAGGUGAAGGGCUGAACUGGUUUGUGUCUGAAAGACAAAAUGAAUGCAUCUGACUGCACUCCUUCUGAUAUAGCAUUAUUUGAACAUAUAAUUGUCCCUUGUCUUUACAUUUUGGUAUUUCUUGUUGGAUUGGUCCUGAACAUAUGGGGACUGAAGUCUUUGCUGCACAACUGGAACAACCGUCGGAUUAUUAACAUUCUUGUUCUUAACCUUGGACUAGCAGACAUGUUGAAUCUCCUCACUCACCCCUUUCUCAUCAUGUACUACUUUAACAAGACUGAAUGGAUCUUUGGGGAAGGAUUCUGCUUGGUAACAAGAUUCUGCUUCAACCUGAAUUUAUACUGCAGCAUUGGAUUCCUCACAUGUAUAAGUGUGUACCGGUACCUGGCGGUUGUCUACCCAAUCAAAACUGUGGGGAAGCUCACUAUUACUCACUCUAUUGUCAUCUCAGUCCUGAUUUGGAUUCUGGCAAGUGUUGAAAGUUUUCCAGACCUGUUCUACCCCAAACAGUCAGAGAAAAACACUACACGAUGUUUUGAAACAACUGAUUUGAAACACGUUACGGAAUACCUGAACUACAGCAUCAGCUGGUCAUUCUUUGGAUUCUGCAUCCCUUUCGUUGUGAUUUUGAGCUGCUAUGGACACAUGAUCGCUGUUGUCUGCCACUCAGAUACGAUGAACAGGGACCGGAAACGACAAAUCUUAAAACUGAUGGGUUUUUUGAUUCUUCUCUUCUCAUUUUGUUAUGCACCCUACCACAUUUUCAAGAACCUCAGCCUGUAUUCCAGAGUUCAGAUUAGUCAGGGAAGGUGCCCCAAAUGGAACUCUGUAGUCUUCAAUGCCCGUCAGGCAAGCCGUGGUCUUGUGAGUCUGAAUAGUGCUCUCAACCCGCUGGUUUACCUGUACGUAUACGAGGAAAUGGUUGAUCAGUUCAAACAACUGCUGCAGAGUUUUCGACAGAUUUUCAGCUGCUGUUUCAAGGUGGAAUCCAGCUUUGUGUCUGUACCAAAGACCGAGCAAGAAGCUGAAAGUGCUGUUUGACAUACAGCAGCUUGCAUUCUUCUGUGAGCGGAGCUUCAGGGGAGAAGGGCUGAGAUCACUUGUUUCUGGAAGACAAAAUGAACAACAC